AUGGCUGAAGUCGGACAGCGUUAUGUGGAACAAUUUCAAACGACGGUAGAAACUAUGCGACGUCGUGGACUCGCGCUAUACGAUUAUGGAGUACGUUUGGGAAGUCGGGGAAUGAAGUUGGCCGAAAGAGCCGCCGAAGUGGCUGAACCAAUGGCUUAUGACUUCAAGGAUCAGCUGGUUCAGGCUUGUUCGGAUUCAGAAGGUGUCGAUCUCAGCGACAAGGAUCAUCGGAAUAGUGUGCUGGAACUGUAUUUAGGUAGGGUAUUUAAUUCUGACGUUAUGUUUAAAAGGUAUUCUAUUAAAACCUUUAGAAACAAAGUUUCUUGAGUAUGUUUAUAGUUAUUAUUAAUGUUGUCGCUUGUAGCUCUUUGUGUCUUGAUGGUUGGUGUCAGUUCGGGUGAAUUGAUGGGUGCCUUUGUUCUCUCGGGUCUUGUACAGUAUGUUUUUGAUACUUGGGUACAAGUGGCGCUGUUGUUCUUGAUGCCCGCUUAUGUUUACUUGAACUUCAGAAAGAAUGGUGGUAAGUGAAGCAAUCUAUACAUUCAUUUAUAUUGUUUUAACAAUUAUUAUUCUGCUACUGUGAAGAUGUAAAAGUGAAAUUAUUUGUAAAUAUUAGUUUAGUAUUUACUGUGACUUUUAGCGUUGGAUGAUACUGAGAGACGAGUAUGGAUGUUCGGCUGUUGUUUGUGUGUUGGUGCUCUUUUGGGUAACCUAUUUGGAUACAGAUUGAUCAGUACUGUUCCGGGAUCGUUCUUCGUUGUUCCGCUUACUUUAGGCCUUUUGGUAUGUUAUUUAUCCUUAUUUAAAUGUGUGAAUUAUAUUCAAAAACUUGAAAAUACUUAAAAAAUAAAGAGCAGCUGACAUCUUUUUGUUAAAAAUUAUAUUUUUAAGGAAAUUUCAGAAUUAGAUGUUUUUUUAAAUGUAAAAUAAUGUUUAUUUAUUAUGUUUUAGGCUGACGCAGAGUUUAGCCCUAGUUUUGUGUACAAAGACCGUACUCGUCUCAUCAGCUUCACCUGUGGCACCGCUCUUCUGGCUUCGAUCAUCUUUUCGGUCAUUCCCCUCGGUCACUGUUCGGCCGCCGUGAUUUGGAUGUCUGCUGCUCAUGUGGGAUUACUUUUUGCUCAUUUUCAGGUAAUCUUUUUACAUUAAUAUAAACCUAGUAUUUCGCGGAGAUUAAUUAAACACUUUUUUAUCUUUUGUAAUUCAAGCGUUCCAUUGCUGACUAUCUUUUGAUAUUUGAACGAUAACUGUUUUGAAUUUUGCUAUAGAUUUUAUUUCAGAUGGUGUCCGUGUCACUCAAAAACAAAACUUUCUGUAAUUGUGAAGCGAUGUUCGGCUACGUGUUCCCGCUGAUCUUCAUCCAGCUGUUGGUUAGUAUCAUCUUCGGCGUUUCGGCCCCAAAGGCUAACUAA